AUGACACUUGGAAAGUCUCAUAAUAAUAACAACAAUAAUCAGAAUGGCAAGUACUCCAAUCAACAACAUGUAGUAGUGUCCAAGCCAUUGUUUGAAUGUGGUUGCCAUGCCAUCGUUGUGGAGCACUCUCAGAGGAUUGCCAUGCUUGAGGAUGCUCUCCUAAAGAUGCAGGAUGAGUUGAAGUCUUUGAAGGAGUUGUCCAAGACACAGACCUCAUUUCAAUACUUCAAGUCGGCAGCAUCUUCAAUAUUCUCCUCUUCGACGUCCAACAACAAUCCAUCAUCUUUAAAGUCGUCGACCACUACCAUGACAUCGACAUCGACCACGACAUUGACAGAGUUGGUCGCGCCUCAUCCUCCACGACCAAAGAAGAGGCUGGUCAAUGUAUACCUCAUCGACGGUGAUCCGAUCGACAGCAACAUGAUGGAGACGACCCGAGAGUACUUGAGCACAUCAUUGAAUAACUUGGUCAACUCGACUGACUCCUCCGACUCCAUGUCCAACAUGCUCGGUGACCAAGUUGGUGGUGAUGGCACGCAUCAACCAAUGCUUAAGGUGCGUGUGAUCAACACCAAGGAAGCUGCAUCGAGUGGCUACAAUGACUUUGCGCCCGAGGAGAGACAGGGCGUCUGUUUGUUCAUGGUCAAGGUGGACACUCGCAUCGAGUUGGAGAGGUAUCGCGCUACUCUACAACAUCUACGUACAAAGGAGUAUCCCAAUGGCAAGAUCCUAUUCAUGGUGCUAGUGUAUGGUGAGCUACAACCUGUUCCAUCCAUCAAUCUUAAAGGCACUACAUGUAUCGAUGGUCUAAUAGGAUUCUCCUACUAUCCCGGUGAGAUCCUCAACACAGACCUAAGCAAGACUUCACUAACUAGUAUACAUCGUCAUCUUAUAAGUACUGUAUCAAAUACAUAA